GCCAUCCUCCAAACGACUGUCACCCAUGGACGGCGCCGUUCGUGCACUGGAGUCUGAUCCGAUGGUGGGACACCGCAAGAAGGUGUCUCACAAGCAGUUUUCGAGGAGAAGCUUGCAGAAUUCCGAACACGUUUUGGUCUGGAUGAUCGAGUCUUCUCAGAGCUCCGGGAUGUCAUGGGGCGGCGGCGCCAAACCUUCAUACAGGACAUGCAGAUGUUGUUCAACCAGCUUACUCAUGCUCGACACCCACCUGGCUUGUUGCUGGUGAAGCUUCGGGAGAUCAAACAAUUUACACCAGCACCUGCGAGGAGCAAUGACAUGUGUGGUGACUUCCAGAGAGGCUUCUGCUCGCGCGGUGAGAACUGCCGCUUCGCACACGAAAAAGCGGCCGUGCGGCCCUCCGAUCAGCCUCCUCCAGAUCCUGCGGUGAUGCAAGGAGAGAUCAUGUCUUUGGUGACAAAGUUCAAUUUGGAUGACAGGAUACGCGUGAGAUUGAACGAGACGCUCCUGCGCCGUGCCUCCAGUUUUUGGGACGACAUGGCCACCCUUCGCGACAUUAUGGCGACCGCACGGAACCCUCCGGGAUUGCUCUCAGUGAAGCUGACCGAGAUGGAGCAAGGUCGUUUUGUUGCCAGAGGCGGAACGGUGGGACCUCCCACGGGCGAGAUUGCCAAGGUGAACGAUCGGGUCGCAUCCAAUCGCCAGCAGUCCAUGGAGAUGUGCGGUGACUUCCGACGCGGGGUGUGCAGCCGUGGAGACCGAUGCAAGUUUUCCCACGGCAAUCCUCAGCCUCCGGGUGGACCGCCCCCCAACGUCAUGGCGGCACUCCACGAGAAAGCAGGGCUUCCUCCGCUGCCGGUGACCACGGGCACACCGGCGAGUACGCCUGGGGUGCCUCCCGGCUUUUCUGCUGGCUCGCGCUUCUCGGAGACUCCACCGCCGCCGCUGGGCUUCUCCGACACGGCCGGUGGUCCGACGACGCAGCGAGCGGAGAGUUUGCUCGGAAGGGCGAAGAAACGCUCCAAAAGCCCCAGCGAAAGCAGCGAAAGUCGGAGGAAGCCCAGCAGAAAAGCCAGCAGAAAGGCCAGUAGGUCGGAGAGCAAGAAAAAGUCCAGGAGCCGCCGUGACCGAAGUCGGCGCCGUAGCCGAGACGGCCGAGACGGCCGAGACGGCCGAGACGGCCGCGAGCGCAGCCGUCGUGGGGACCGCGACCGGCGCGACGGCCGCGACGCCCGCCGGGACCGGCGCGACGACCGGCGCGACGACCGGGACCGGCGCGACGGCCGGGACCGGCGCGAUGAGCGGGAUCGCCGGGAUGACCGGGGGAAGGACCGGGAGCGCCGAGAUCGGGAGAAGGACCGGUCCAAGAGCAGGGACCGGAGCCGAGACCGGGACCGAGAGAAAGGACGAGAAGAUGGGAAGGACCGCGAGACUUCUCCGUCAGAGAAGAGAUCAAAGGAGGAGAAGGCCGAUGAAAAACCAGCGGCUGCAGCUGAAGAUGCUCCUGCGGCAGCUGCAAUGUCGCAGCUCCAACGAGACAUUCAACAACAGCUGGAAGAGGAACAGAAGAGGAUGGACAAGCAGAAGGAAUUGGAGCUGCAGUUGCAGAGGGAGCUUGAGGCUCACGUGGCAGAGGAGCAGAAGCGGCUGGAACGUCAGCAAGAGCAGGCCAAGUUGGAGCAGAAGUUGGAAGAUGAACGAAAAAAGAAAGAGUUGGAGAGAUCAAAGCGGCAUGAAGAGGAUUCCCGAAAGAAAGAGGAGGCAAAGUCUGGCAAGGAGAAGGACAAGCAGAAGGAGAAAGAGAAGGAGAAGGAGAAGGAGAAGGAGAAGACAAAGGAGAAAGAGAAGGCCAAAGAGAAGGAGGUAGACAAGGCCAAAGACAAGCAGAAGGAGAAAGAGAGCUCCAAAGACAAAACGAAGGAGAAGGCCGCAGAGAAGGACGAGAAAGCGAAAGAAAAGGCGAAGGAGAAGGAUGCUUCGAAAGACAAGCAAAAGGAUACGGAGAAGGGGAAAGAGAAACCCAAGGAGAAGGAAGCUGCGAAAGACAAGCAGAAAGAGCAAGACAAAGCAAAGCAAAAGGAGAAAGAAGCCGCGAAGGAGAAACAGAAGGAAAAAGAGAAGGCGAAGGAAAAAGAGAAAGCAAAAGAGACCAAAGAGAAAGAUGACCGCAAGAAGCGAUCCAGGUCAUGUUCGGCCAGUGAUGCGCCGAAGGAAAAGAAAGCUAAACUGAAAGCUAGGGCUUAGCUGCGGGCGGUCAAGGGGCGACGAGUCUCGCCCACCCAGUGGGCGCUCGGACUCGUCCGAGUUCAUCGCUCC